CGGAAGUGUCGUUCUCCCGGCACAUUCGUGGUGGGGAAAAUAGGUUCAGUGACAACCUAGUAAAUGUAACGAUGUUAAAGUAGUUUCUUUCAUUACUUAGAUGAACAAUGAGUACGAAGCGGAAGGCAGAGGCGUCGGUCCCCGCGGAGGAGAGCGACCAGCUUCUUAUAAGACCGCUUGGGGCCGGCCAAGAGGUGGGGAGGUCGUGCAUCAUCCUGGAGUUCAAGGGAAGGAAGAUCAUGCUGGAUUGUGGGAUCCAUCCAGGUUUGGAGGGCAUGGAUGCCCUUCCCUACAUCGACUUGAUCGAUCCAGCUGAGAUCGACCUGUUGCUCAUCAGCCAUUUCCAUUUGGACCAUUGUGGUGCUCUGCCUUGGUUUCUACAAAAGACAAGCUUCAAAGGAAGAACCUUCAUGACACACGCAACCAAAGCAAUUUACCGCUGGCUCUUAUCAGAUUAUGUUAAAGUCAGCAACAUCUCAGCAGAUGACAUGCUCUACACAGAGACAGAUCUGGAGGAGAGUAUGGAUAAGAUAGAAACUAUCAACUUCCAUGAGGUGAAGGAAGUGGCAGGCAUCAAGUUCUGGUGCUACCAUGCAGGCCAUGUUCUUGGGGCUGCCAUGUUUAUGAUCGAGAUUGCCGGAGUGAAGCUCCUGUAUACAGGAGACUUCUCUCGCCAGGAGGACAGACACUUGAUGGCAGCUGAGAUUCCCAGCGUCAAACCAGACAUCCUUAUCAUUGAGUCCACCUAUGGCACACACAUCCACGAGAAGAGGGAGGAACGAGAGGCCCGUUUCUGCAAUACUGUCCACGACAUUGUCAACAGGGAGGGCCGCUGUCUCAUUCCAGUGUUUGCACUGGGCAGAGCCCAGGAAUUACUGCUCAUCCUCGAUGAGUACUGGCAAAACCACCCCGAGCUCCACGACAUUCCCAUCUACUAUGCCUCCUCCCUGGCCAAGAAGUGCAUGGCUGUCUACCAAACCUAUGUCAAUGCCAUGAACGACAAGAUCCGCAAGGCCAUCAACAUCAACAACCCCUUUGUCUUCAAGCACAUCAGCAACCUCAAGAGUAUGGACCACUUUGAUGACAUUGGACCGAGCGUGGUGAUGGCAUCCCCAGGGAUGAUGCAGAGCGGUCUGUCCAGGGAGCUGUUUGAGAGCUGGUGCACCGACAAGAGGAAUGGUGUUAUCAUUGCCGGAUACUGUGUAGAAGGGACAUUGGCCAAGCACAUCAUGUCUGAACCAGAGGAAAUAACUACCAUGUCCGGGCAGAAGCUCCCACUGAAGAUGUCCGUAGACUACAUCUCCUUCUCUGCCCACACAGACUACCAGCAGACCAGCGAGUUCAUCCGGGCUCUCAAACCCCCCCAUGUGAUCCUGGUUCAUGGGGAGCAGAAUGAGAUGGCCCGUUUGAAGGCAGCAUUGAUCCGAGAGUAUGAGGACAAUGACGAAGUCCACAUAGAGGUCCACAACCCACGUAACACAGAGGCUGUAACCCUCAACUUUAGGGGAGAGAAGCUGGCCAAGGUGAUGGGGUCCCUGGCUGACAGGAAGUGUGUGCAGGGCCAAAGAGUGUCCGGGAUCCUUGUGAAGCGCAAUUUCAGCUACCACAUCCUCACCCCCUCAGAUCUGUCCACGUACACAGACCUGGCCAUGAGCACCGUGAAACAAACCCAGGCCAUUCCCUUCACUGGACCGUUUCCUCUGCUGGUCAGCCAGCUGCGCAGUCUUGCAGGUGAUGUUGAGGAGCUGGACAUUCCUGACAGGACUACGCUGAGGGUUUUCAAGAACAUCACGCUGGUGCAUGAGGCUGGAGUUGUAGUGCUGGAGUGGAUUGCUAACCCUUUGAAUGACAUGUAUGCUGAUGCGAUUACAACUGUGGUUCUGGAGGUCCAGUCCAACCCAAAAGCCCAGAAAGUUAUGGAUGGCAAAAAAGGAAAAGUAGAUAUAGAUGUUUAUCAGAAGAGACUGGAAAUCAUGCUGCAGGACAUGUUUGGAGAAGACUGUGUGGAUUUCAAGGAUCUUAACAACCCUUCUGUGACAGUGGACGGCAAGACUGCAUACAUCUGCCUAGAGACCCGGACUGUGGACUAUGAGGAAGGCAGUGCUGAUGAUGAAUCUCUAAAGGAGAUGGUGGAACUGGCUGUCCAGCGACUCUACGAUGCUUUGACCCCAGCGCUCUAACAAGCCCCGAGGCCCUGCAGUUCUUCCUUUUUAGAGCGCUAGGAUGUACAGAAAUUGCCCCAAACAUACUACAGUCUCCAAAGACUUCUCUUCAUAGGUUUUUCGGAGCUGAACUAAGAGCCACAAAUCUUCGGCUGUAGUUAAGGGGCUGACAGAUGGAUUUUUUUUUUUUUUGGUCAUUUUUGUUUGAAAAAUCCUUCCAGGGAUGAAAUGUCCAUUUCAUAAAGUGAGUGGACAGUGAUUUGUAGAUCACAUGUAUGAUGUGGAAUUCAUGUAAUUACAGGAAUUGAACUAUUGGAUAAAACAUUUUUGAAGUUCACUUUUACAUGAACUAUCAAUGUAUAGCUGUAGGCAUCUUGAAAUUUUCAUUUAUUAAAGAGUAAAUUUGUUUUUACUGGUUUUAAGUAAUUUCUUAUUGCUGAUAUUAAACACCUUUCUAGGACUUGUCUCUGCAAAGUAGCAGUUGUACUAGUAUUUGCUAACUACUGUUAAGUCUUCAGUUUAGUUGGCUGAUGUCUUUAUUCAAGUCUUCUAAUAAUGUUAAUUUACCUCUUUGUGUUACAAAGUAAAAUGUUCAAGGCCGGAGCAGGGAUUUGAACCUGAGCUUUAACUGCUAUGCUACCUGCAGGUUUUCCAUGUGUGUCACAAAGGUAUACAGUUUGAAAUUGCAGGCCUCUUUGUGAAUGACUGCUAUAUCUGUUUUCCUCCCUAACAAGUUUGAG